AUGCCUCCUCUUCUUUCAAAAUUCAAUACAGAGUUUGAAACUAAGGCAUUAACUACUUUUUCUCCCGAAUCUUCCUGCAGGCUCUCAAAUCAGUACAUCAUUCAAGAUCAUAUGGCUGCUCAUUACAAGAAACUGAUGUCUGCCAAAGCUGCUGUUGAUUCAUCUGCACCAAGGAGUUUGCAUACCAGUGUUAAAUACAAGGAUCAGCAGAAAAGAGAUAGACUAAUUCAAGCCCUUGAAAAGUACAAGAAGGAUCAUGCAUAUAGUCUUUCUGCUUCACCGUUCAACUCUAGAAGUGUUUCUCCAGGUCAGCAGAAGGGAAGUAGGUCACUGUUGGAAAACAGUCAGCUGUAUUUGCAGUCCGGUAGGAACAAAUGCUCCAUGACAAAGAGAGAGCAGCCCCCCUUUGUGCCUUUUCAGAAGCUCCCUUCAAGAACUCUCUCACCAGCUUUUACUACAAGAAAGACUAUCCAAAAUCCUGCUCAGGAUGCUUUGUCUCAAACUCAUGUUCAUGUAGCUAAUACAGGCAGAUUAUCUGCUUCAUCACUCCUGCAUGUGCAUAUCAGCAGUUGCAGGAAGAAGACAUUUGAAAACUCUAUCAACAAAACCUACUCCGGAGACCUCCUUGACAAACAUUCAGUAUGCUUCACAGAGAAAAAGCAAUAUUUUACCCCUCGAAUCUUAAAGACAUCACACCAGUCUGUUCUUGUAAAACAUAGAUAUUAUAAUCCUCCUCACAAAAAAAAGAGCUUCUCACCUGGCAGACCACCACUGAAAUCAGUGGAUGCCAGCAAUGAAAAGAAAAGAGAUUUGCACAGUUUUUUAGAAGAUGCCCUUGUGAGACCGCAUUCGGAUCACUUUUGUGAGAAGCCAGUUGAGAACCAUGAAUUACAAUUUACGGAUUCUGACAUGCCACUUUCUCCAAGAUCACAACUUCAAGGAAACUAUGGUAGGGAAGCGGGGAAAUGGAGCAAAAGUGAAGAGUCGGGGUAUAUUUUAAGUGAUCUGAAAGACAGGCCAAACGAUAUUUUUCGUUUGGAAGUGGCAUUAGAAGAUGUAUUUCAAAUGCACAUUAAAAGUAAGAGGCAUAACCUUGAUGAGAAAAUUACUGGCAGUCGUAAUGUAAUUCGUGGCUAUUUAGGACAAGGUGUUAAAAGCAGAGAAAAAGCAGCCAUUUUAAGGUUGUUCCUGGACUGGCAAGCUCCUCAGAGUGAGCUUGCUGCAAGCCAGCAAGCGUUAAUGACGGCAGUGCUGUACCCAACAGUGCAACCGCAACACAAUGCAGGGCACCCUCUAGAUGCUGACUCCUCAGAAGGGAACCCAGACUGA